GUGACAUCAUAAUUUGCAAAGAUAUAAUAAUGAAAGUUAAUCAUGCAUUAUAGUUGAGGCUAUAAGUUGUAAACAGCUAAGGAUCGUUAUUAUACAUUAACAAAGACUAGUUCAUCCAUAAUUGAAGGGUCAAGUGAGGGUCAGUAUUCCACGAUGGGUUUGCUACACAAGUUAACUCGCCGGAAGUUCAUCUCAGCAGACACAGUAGAAAGCACACAGUUGGCGCGAUGUUUGAAUACAGUAGACCUAACAGCACUGGGUGUCGGCAGCACCCUAGGGGCGGGUAUUUAUGUUGUUGCAGGUCAAGUGGCGAAGCAAACCUCCGGACCGUCUGUCUUCCUGUCAUUUCUCAUUGCUGCAAUGGCAUCCAUACUUGCAGGUCUGUGUUACGCGGAGUUCGGAGCACGAGUUCCUCGAACGGGUUCAGCCUAUGUUUACAGCUAUGUUACAAUCGGGGAGCUCAUGGCCUUUGUGAUUGGUUGGAAUCUUAUACUGGAAUAUGUCAUAGGAACAGCAAGUGUUGCGCGGGCUUGGAGCUCAUAUUUUGACUCACUGGUAAACAACAAAAUCCAAGAUUACUUCAAGGAAAACAUCCCCAUGAACCUGAAUGGACUGUCCCCAUAUCCAGAUUUCUUUGCCCUCGGGAUAACAUUGUUACUAACAGUGAUCCUUGCUGUGGGAGUAAAGGAGUCUUCACGUUUCAACAAUCUGUUCACUGUUGUCAAUCUACUUGUGGUAACCUACAUCAUCAUCUGCGGCGCGUUCAAGGCCGAUUCAGCUAACUGGAAUAUUGACCCUAAACAGGUCAAGGAUUUCAACAGCACAGAUGUUGGGUCCGGAGGGUUCAUGCCAUUUGGGUUUUCAGGGAUGUUUUCCGGGGCCGCCACUUGCUUCUAUGCCUUUGUGGGGUUUGAUGCCAUAGCAACCACAGGGGAGGAAGUCAAAAACCCACAGAAAGCCAUUCCAAUAAGCAUAGUAAUCUCCCUUCUCACAUGUUUUGUUGCGUAUUCGGGGAUCUCUGUAGUGAUCACACUCAUGUGUCCGUACUACCUGCUUGACGGGAAUGCUCCAUUGCCUGCGGUGUUUGAUCGGGUCGGCUGGCAUGUUGCUCGGUACAUAAUAGCUGUUGGAGCCGUUUGUGGACUUUCCACGAGUCUGCUAGGUGCCAUGUUCCCCCUACCACGGGUGAUAUACGCUAUCUCCAGCGAUGGUCUCCUGUUUAAAGGACUUGCCACUGUCAGUGAGCGGUUUAAGACGCCGCUACUAGCUACAUUAUUGUCAGGAUUAUUUGCAGGUUUGAUGGCGAUGCUGUUUGACUUGAAGGAACUUGUGGACAUGAUGUCAAUUGGCACACUGCUGGCCUAUACACUAGUAGCUGUGUCUGUUCUUAUCCUAAGAUACAAGGAACACAAUAUUGGGGAAGCAACACAUUCCUACAGCGCAUAUACCAAAGUGCCUCAGAAUGACACAGAGGCUGAUCUUGGUGGGGCAGAGUCUCACAGUGACAAGCAGCGAUUGUUACAGAUGGAGACGGAACAAUCAAUUCUCUCCACCUUGUUCAACUACAGAAACAAAGACCCAUCCGCUCUCACUGAAAAGGUUGCAGCAUACAAUGUAACAAUAUUCUGUUUUGUAUGCAUAGGGUUUUCUGUUUUCCUGAAGUACGAAGAAAACAAUAUCGGAGCUGGGAAGGUUUUUCCAGUUAUUGUGACGGCUGUGUUUACUCUGAUUUUACUUGUCCUGAUAGUUUCCAUAGGGUGCCAACCGCAGAAUAAAGCCAAACUAUCGUUCAAGGUUCCAUGGGUGCCAGUUUUACCAGGAAUCAGCGUGUUUGUAAACAUAUUCUUGAUGUUACGUCUUCCCGAGGCUACAUGGAUUAGAUUUGCCGUCUGGAUGGUUUUAGGGUUUCUGAUCUAUUUUGCCUACGGUAUGUGGCACAGCGUUGAGGGCAUGCCACGUCAUGUGUCUGACGCCCCGGUCAUCUGGGAGAAUGGAACAGCGCAGGUCGUUGGUGACCAAUUAGAUGACAGCAUAGAGGUCAAACAUGGCCAUGUGAUGGCAGGGAACCAUGAGAUAUCAGAUAAUCGCAGGGCCAAAUUUGGAGGGGAUCAGAAAGGGGAUGAAACAACUGCCCUGCUAAGGGGCCAGAAAUAAGAGUGUGAUAUUGAAAGAAAACUGUUUAAAAUGACCUUACGCCAAAUACAGCCAAAAUUAUUAAGACCCAAUAAUUUUAUAAAAAAAAAGUUAUUAUUCAGUCCAUUAUGGAUUUUUGUAAUAGUUAGAUUUGAUGAAGUAACAUUUUAAUGAUUAAGAAUGGGCGGAGUGAGCAUAGCGAACGAGCCCUUCUUGAUCGUUAAAAUAUUAUUUCAGGUCAUCUAACUGUCUUAGAAUACUACCUCAUUGGCUGACGCAUUGUCAAUGUAAGAUAUGCACAGGAAGUGUGUAUCGAAUGAGUAGCAAUAGGCGAACCUUUAAACACUUUUAAUGAUUAAGCCUAGUACCGGUACUUCAUGAUUGCCUUUCUGCAAUUUUAUUGGCUAAAAAUAUAGAUUGUAUUCUAACACUUGUUAGAUAUGGUAAAUUGAAAUUGUUUACUAGAUAUAAUAAAUGAUAAGCUAUAAAUUAAUGAUCUGGCGAUUUGGUGUUAUGGUUGAAUAGGCAUAAUACUCAGAAUUGUUUAAAUCUGUAUUUAUACAUUCCGGUGAGUGGUGUAUUAUUGUACAUUGUAUAUUCAUUUAAAAUGCAAUUCCUGUUGGCUUUGUUCACCAAUGUGUUUGAUUUUAUUAUAUACACAUCAUAAAUCUGCAAGUCAUAAAUAUAACAAAAUACACUUGUCCAUAUUCCACUAAAUGCAUUAAAGCUGCACUCUCACAGAUUGAACAUUUUGACAAAUUAUUUAUUUUUUGUCUUGGAACAAGCCAAUUUUUGCGAAAAUCCAUGGAAACUGGUUAUAAAAGACAGCUGACAAAAAAAUCAGAUCGCACUUUGAUAUUUAAGUUAAAAAAAAAUGUUUUAUGCAUUUCUCUUAAACCGUUAGUAACAUUAGUAACGGUUUAAGCCAUAAAACAUUAAUUUUCGAACUGAAAUAUAAAAAUCUACAAUCUGACUUUUUGUCAGUAAUCUUAUAUCAUUGGUUUGCAGAUAUUUACGCAAAAAAAUGCUAGUUCCAAGACAAAAAAUAAAAAAAGUUGUUAAAAUGGUCAAUCUGUGAGAGUGCAGCUUUAAUGCUGUAUCUGUAUCCGCUGACGAUACAUCAAAACAUGUGUUAUUGUGUGAUGUUUAAAUGAUGUAGAAAACAAAAUUGUGCUUAAUUUAAAUUCCAUUUAUUGUUUAUAACUGAUCCUUUAACCAAUAAAAUGUAUAUAAUAAUAGGGUGAUUAGUACUGUUUUUUUAUCGAGGAGGUUGUAAGCAGCAAGCGCCUCAUUUAAUAAUAAUCUGUCAAAAUCCACAACAACUUGAAUACAACCACAUGCUUGAAAAAACACCUCUAAAAACUAAAUAACCCUGUUAUAUUUCAAGAUCAGAACACAACAAUCGUAUGUUAACUGUUGAUUUAGCUUGUUAAAUUUUUUAAAGAAAUAUCUCUUCUUUUUUGUCAUUUUACAGUUCAUUUAAAAACCCCACUUUAUUCUUAGUUAAUAAUGAAGUUGAAAUUAUUAGUUAGUAGCUAUGGUUGAACGAGUUAUUCAUAAAAUGAUAUUGAUGAUUUGUUGUCAUAUUUUAAAAUAUACCACCAAUAAUGCUUUCUAUAUUAAUUUCUGUGAUAUUCAUUUAAUUGUUAUUACUAGUAUAUUUUAUUAACAGGCUUUUUGCUUAAAACAGUUACAAUAUGGGCUUGUCUCUAUUGUUUUCAGCGUAAUUUUCAUGUUAGAAAUAAUACUUUUUUUGAUGUUCUACAAAUAGUCCUUUGUUAAGUUUAACACUUGCUGGGUAAAUAUAUAUAAUAUAUAUAACUAACUGUCAAUGUUUGAGUUAUUUCAAGAGGUGAUUUUGUUUAAACUAAAUGUAACUUGGAUAGACAUUGUAUUCAAAAGAAGGUUGCUGUAUUGUGUACUCAAAACGCAAGGUGCUUCACGUGAAGCAGGGCCCAUAACUCUAGCUUUAAUAAUUGCCAGGAUAUGCCUUUUGUUCAACUGAUUCUUUUUACAAUAGACGUUUUGAGCUAACUCAAACACAAAACGUGAACUAUAUGUUUGUUACCUAUUACUCAUACAUUCAUGCUCUGGAUUGAAAAUGACCACAAGUGCCAUGCCAGUAGAGCAUAGGCUCUCAUGGGCCUCUUGUUCUAUCUAUUAAAUGCAUAAAAAUUAUAUGAAAUGACAUGUAAUUGUAGUCCUUCACAAAAGCAUGCCAACUUUUAUGAUAACAUGACAUCAUUUUGAAAAUAAUAUCACUGUAUUUAUGUCACAGCCCUGUGGGUGCUAGGGCUUGAUUUGAACAUGCUUAAAUUUCCUAACAGUAAAUAUAUCAAAGUGAUAUUUUCACUGUUUGAAACAAUAAAAUAUCAUUUUUUAUUAAAAAUCUCUACAAACUACCAGAAAGCCUAUAACAAUCAUGAUAUAGACACAUUCAAAAUAGUGCAGUAGUCACUUUUACAAUCACAGUUUGAAAUUACAUUAUUAUUAUUUACUGUUUUGUGAAAAUGAUAUUUAUUGCUAUUGUUUGUUUGGUCACGGUAACACAUGAAUUAUAUUUAUCAUGUUUCAUUUUAUACUGGUAAGUGCUUAUUCUUUUCUUUAUUGAUGAUUUUAGUCUCUGUCUUUCACACCCACUUUACAAUCAAUCAAUUAAUCAAUCAAUCAAUCAGUCAAUCAAUCAGUCAAUCAAUCCACCUUAAAUUAUACACCCAUUUAACAAUCAAUUAAUCAAUCAAUCAAUCCACCUUAAAUUAUACAUCCAUUUAACAAUCAAUCAAUUAAUCAACCAAUCAAUCAAUCCACCUUAAAUUAACCACCCAUUUAAAAAUCAACCAAUCAAUCAAUCCACCUAAAAUUAACCACCCAUUUAAAAAUCAAUCAAUAAAUCCACCUUUGAUUACCCACACCUUACUUUUUCUUAUUCCUCUCUAAAAAAAAAUGUUCUUGUUGAAAACAAUGUCGAAAAAGGCACUUGAUAUAAGUGUUUUGCUUUCAUUUAAGUCGCAUUUUGUAUAUCAGUGACUAUAAUUAAAAUGCACAUGCUUAUAGCACAUACAUGUUAACUGCUGAUAUUUUAUUCAUCAUUUGUGGCAGUAUUCGUCUGUGAAGUAGAAAACAUUGUUUUAUAAUUAUAUAGUUAAAUACAUGAAUAAAAGGUCUCCAAGAUGGUUUACACUCCUUGUCCAGUAAACCUGGAAUAUGUUCAGUAAUAUAACAAUAUGAAAGGGCAUUAACUUGUAUUUGCCUUUAAGAGCUGAAUGAAAAUGCUGAAAACUUUUUUGAGACAACUUUUUACCCCAUUUUUAGGUUAAUGCUUUUGCAAGUAGUUCAUCCAAUCAAAUGAUUAUGACCAUAACCAUCUGACUUUAACUGCCGCCUACAGUAUUAAUUGGAGCAAUAUGCUUACAUGACGACGUUCACCAUUCUAAACCAUUUAACAUGAGCUUUAUAAUUAUUUUGCACAAUUUUUAUGGAGAAUAUAUGCAUUUAACAGCGAUAAAACUUCAAGAUUGUUUGUUGAAAUCUUAUUAAUUCAUGACUAUAGAUUAUAUGUUCUUACUGUAACAAAACAUGUAGGUUAAUGAGACACAGUACGUUCUAGCAGUCUUUAAGCUUUAUCGUGGUCUACAUUGUGUAAACUACCCACUAACUAGACCAGCCACUGUUUAUAUAUACCACUUCACCAGAUUAAGAUCAGUAAAGGCUGAUUUCUGAUCUACUGAGAUAAAGUGUAUUGGAAAACUUGAGAAAUAUUGCCUUCUCAUGGGACAAAAUAUAAUGUUGACCACUCAAGACAAUUACCCCUUUGUUACCAGGACUUGAACAGUGUCAUGCAUUAGUGGUAUUAUAUUUUAUAUAUUCAAGGCCCUCAUAGUUGAUUUAUUCAAAUAUCAUUUUGACUUUUAUACAAGUUUAUUAACAGAUAUAUUUAAUUAGACCUUCACAAAGUAGUAUGCCCCAAUUUUUAUAAUGAAACAUCUAACUUUGAAAAGUUAUGUAAACACUGUUUUCAUUGUAGAAGAGAAAAAUAUCACACAGGGAUAGUUGCCUUUAAACUUGGUGCUGACGUUAAGUAAAACACUGUUAUGAUAUAUGAUUGUUACUGUUUGUUAAUUUAUUACAGAGGUUUACAUAUAUCAGAUAAUUUAUUGUUUUUGUUAUUGAACAUCAUGCAUCUCUGGUUUGUUAAAGAUGAUAUAUAUACAUUGUAUUUGCCAAUAAAUGAUGAAAUGCU